GGCUUGGCUGUCAGGUCCCUUCGCCUUUUGUUCGGUUACUGAGUUGCUGCCUUGGCCAGAGUCCGGAGCAGCCGCCGCCCGAGCGCGCCGAGCUCAGUUUGCUGCCCACGCCGGCUUCCACCCCGGCCCGACCCCGACCCAGCCCGGCCAGGCUCCACACGCAGCCACCAUGGAGGUGAUGAACCUGAUGGAGCAGCCGAUCAAGGUGACCGAGUGGCAGCAGACCUACACCUACGACUCGGGCAUCCACUCGGGCGCCAACACCUGUGUGCCCUCCGUCAGCAGCAAGGGCAUCAUGGAGGAGGAGGAGGCCUGCGGGCGCCAGUACACCGUCAAGAAGUCAACCACCUACACCCAGGCUGGGCCCCAGAGCCAAGGUGACCUGGAGUACCAGAUGUCCACCACAGCCAGAGCCAAGCGGGUGCGGGAGGCCAUGUGUCCCGGAGUGACCGCUGAGGACAGCUCGCUGCUGCUGGCCACGCAGGUGGAGGGCCAGACCACCAACCUGCAGCGGCUGGCUGAGCCAUCCCAGCUGCUCAAGUCGGCCAUCGUGCACCUUAUCAACUACCAGGACGACGCUGAAUUGGCCACCCGGGCCCUGCCGGAGCUCACCAAACUGCUCAACGAUGAGGACCCGGUGGUGGUGACCAAGGCGGCCAUGAUUGUGAACCAGCUGUCGAAGAAGGAGGCGUCGCGCCGGGCCCUCAUGGGCUCGCCCCAGCUGGUGGCGGCCGUGGUGCGCACCAUGCAGAACACCAGUGACCUGGACACGGCGCGCUGCACCACCAGCAUCCUGCACAACCUCUCCCACCACCGCGAGGGGCUGCUCGCCAUCUUCAAGUCGGGCGGCAUCCCUGCCCUGGUGCGCAUGCUCAGCUCCCCCGUGGAGUCGGUCCUGUUCUACGCCAUCACCACCCUGCACAACCUGCUGCUGUACCAAGAGGGCGCCAAGAUGGCGGUGCGCCUGGCGGACGGGCUGCAGAAGAUGGUUCCCCUGCUCAACAAGAACAACCCCAAGUUCCUGGCCAUCACCACCGACUGCCUGCAGCUCCUGGCCUAUGGCAACCAGGAGAGCAAGCUGAUCAUCCUGGCCAACGGGGGCCCCCAGGCCCUUGUGCAGAUCAUGCGCAACUAUAGCUACGAGAAGCUGCUCUGGACCACCAGCCGCGUGCUCAAGGUGCUGUCCGUGUGUCCCAGCAACAAGCCUGCCAUUGUGGAGGCUGGUGGGAUGCAGGCCCUGGGCAAGCACCUGACCAGCAACAGCCCCCGCCUGGUGCAGAACUGCCUGUGGACCCUGCGCAACCUCUCAGACGUGGCCACCAAGCAGGAGGGCCUGGAGAGUGUGCUGAAGAUCUUGGUCAACCAGCUGAGCGUGGACGACGUCAACGUGCUCACCUGUGCCACGGGCACGCUCUCCAACCUGACCUGCAACAACAGCAAGAACAAGACGCUGGUGACGCAGAACAGCGGCGUGGAGGCGCUCAUCCACGCCAUCCUGCGUGCCGGCGACAAGGAUGACAUCACCGAGCCGGCCGUCUGCGCCCUGCGCCACCUCACCAGCCGCCACCCCGAGGCCGAGAUGGCCCAGAACUCCGUGCGCCUCAACUACGGCAUCCCGGCCAUCGUCAAGCUGCUCAACCAGCCCAACCAGUGGCCGCUGGUCAAGGCAACCAUCGGGCUGAUCAGGAACCUGGCGCUGUGCCCAGCCAACCAUGCCCCGCUGCAGGAGGCUGCCGUCAUUCCCCGCCUUGUCCAGCUGCUGGUCAAGGCCCACCAGGAUGCCCAGCGCCAUGUGGCUGCCGGCACACAGCAGCCCUACACGGACGGCGUGAGGAUGGAGGAGAUCGUGGAGGGCUGCACGGGAGCCCUGCACAUCCUCGCCCGGGACCCCAUGAACCGCAUGGAGAUCUUCCGACUCAACACCAUCCCCCUGUUUGUGCAGCUGCUGUACUCGUCGGUGGAGAACAUUCAGCGUGUGGCUGCAGGCGUGCUGUGCGAGCUGGCCCAGGACAAGGAGGCCGCCGACGCCAUUGACGCCGAGGGCGCCUCUGCCCCGCUCAUGGAGCUGCUGCACUCCCGCAACGAGGGCACUGCCACCUACGCCGCCGCUGUCCUGUUCCGCAUCUCUGAGGACAAGAACCCAGAUUACCGGAAGCGCGUGUCCGUGGAGCUCACCAACUCACUCUUCAAGCACGACCCGGCGGCCUGGGAGGCUGCGCAGAGCAUGAUCCCCGUGAACGAGCCCUAUGCGGAUGACAUGGACGCCACCUACCGCCCCAUGUACUCGAGUGAUGUGCCCCUCGACCCGCUGGAGAUGCACAUGGACAUGGACGGCGACUACCCCAUCGACACCUACAGCGAUGGCCUCAGGCCUCCCUACCCCACCGCCGACCACAUGCUCGCCUAGCCGCCCCCGCCCCGGUGCGGCUCCUCAUCCGAGAGGCCCCCGUGCGGGCGAUGGGGGAGACAGAAGUGCCUGAGCGGGGAGCCGGGGCUGCGCCUUGCUGCUGCGCCCGGGCCGCCGGAGUUCCUCCGCGGGGUCUUUCUUGGGAUGGUGUCCUCUCGCUUUGCUGUCCUGGGCCCUGGCCACUGAAGCUUUACACGCAAGCCGCCCGCUCGGUACCCCCAGCAGCCCCUGGCCCACCUGUCUCCCGCUGCCCGAGUCCCGGCCUCCGGGCUUCGGUUCCUUCUCUGGGCCUGGUUUUUCUCACUGAACCCCACUGAGCAUCCAAGGCCCCAGAUCCCGAAAUCCAAAGCUUCUCAUGAAAAGUGCGGGGGUGAGGGGACGGAGACGGGGCAUGGGAACCCUGCCGUGCCUCUCCAGCGGGCGGGGCUAGCUCUGGCCCACCCUGGGUGUUUGGGGGACAGCUCCUGCGCACUCCCCCGCACACAGCUGCCCCCUGCGGUGUGUAGUGAGGGGCUUUCUCUUCUCUUCUUGCUUCUGGCUCCACCCACCCCCUGCACAUGGGUGGGGGGGCUGCGGGAGUCCCAGUGGAGAGUUUUAUUAUCAUCGCUUUAUGUUUUUGGUUAUUGGUUUUUUGUAUAGACCAAAGCAAAGAAAAUAAAAGUAACACAGAUA